GCGGCGGCCGCUGCCUCUCGGCUGCCCGCCUUAUAGUUGUCCCGGGACGUCAUGGAUUUGAGCUUCUCACGCAGGUCCGUGUAACCGCUGGCGGCCGCCAUGGCCCCCACGACGCUGCUCUAGGGUCCUCCGGGGCCGGAGGGGCGGCCGGGCAUGGCUCUCGGAGGACGCGCCCCGGCGCCCCCGGAGAAAUGGGGUUCCCUCAGCGCCAGGCCCCCAUGCGAGACCGGGGGACCCGGCGGGGGGGGGGCGUCGAGGGAACGGGCGCGGGGUCGGGCCUCAGGGGCGGCGGGUCAUGCAGCGGUGGCGGCAACAGGGCUUCCUUCCCCACCUUCUUCACGUCCCACGGAGCAAGGGCGCCGGCAGCGCCUCAUGCCGCGGAGGGCCGCUGCGGAGGACCGACCCGACUCCCAGCCAGACCCUCAGACGCCCGGCCCAGCCCGCACUUUAAAGCGCUCCUCACGACGUCACGGGCCGUUCGCCCGACGUCCGCCAGCGCCGCUCCUCAGCGAGCUCCUCAGCGCGCACGCGCAAUGCCGCCAGCCACCGCGGCUCCGCGCGCAGCGGGCAUGCGCGUGCGUGUAGGCCGGGUCACCGGAGGCGCCCGCGCAAGCGCAGACGGGGACCGCUCGGCGUCCGACGCCCCUCCCCCACUCACUGAAGGACUCCGAGGGAGCACCCUCAAACAGCAACCUGCCUCCUUGACGCGCCACCUCCGCGACCGAAGGGCUCCCUCCACAGGGGUGCGCUCACACUGUCAACGCUCUCGCGAUGCUGCGUCACGGCAUCGUCCAAAGGCUCGAAAACGCCUCAGCCCUCAACGCGCAACCACCGGGGAACCGCCACAACCUAGGCUGCCCCGUCACCGCCCCCUUUUGCGUUUCCAGUUCUUUCAUUGGGUCACCGGCCACGCGCCGGGCGGGCCCAGACGGGAGCUUCCGGAAAUUGGACAGCCUGAUUGCUUCCCUAGAGAUACCAACUUCUCCCCGCCUGUCACCACCAGCAGUGUCCACACCACAGAGUUUCCCGGCUGA